AUGAAUCGCGAGGAGUUGUCCAACCUGACGCGCGCCGAAUUGCAGAAACUUGCCAGGCGUGACAACCUAAACGCGAAGGGAACAAAGGAAAAGAUGAUCGACGCACUGAUUGAGAAGCACGACCCGUUCCCCGUCCCACCCUUGGAGGCGAGUCCGCCCGAAACUGGGCAGCAAGCCCCUCCCAGCGCGAGAAGGGUGCACGGCCGACAAGGACGCCUGCAUCUAGCGAGCGAGCCGAUCGCCGUACGCCGGAGCGCACGCAGGGCGGCGAACGACCCGACCCAAGCGGCAAGCACGCGCACGACGCGCUCCGCAGGUUCGUCAACGCAGGACACCGCCAGCAACUCCGAGGGCAAUACCGCAGAAGAGCGGGAGUAUUUCCUGCUCUUCGAGUCCGUGCCCGAAGACUUUGUGGCCUGCGCCGAGCUCAGCGGCUGGUUCGACAUGAGCGCGUUUGGCGCCUGGGCCGUACCCACUGCCAUAGAGUGCGAGUUCAGAGAACUCAACGAGCUGAAAACGAACGAAUGUGAGAUCGUCGACGAUCCUCUGUGGUCGCAGUACAUGGACCGGUGGUUUGACACGAGCCUACCCAGUUCGAGCGCCGCGGUUGCAGGGAGCCCCGAGCCAUACUCACCGUCGAUUCGCGGCCGGGAUUAUCAAGUCGGUGCGAACAUCAUUGUCGACCUGCUGAAAGUACAUCAGUCGCUAAUGCGUGUGUGGUACAGGACCCCAACCGUCUUUGGCACAAUUCGGGGGCCUUUCGGAGGAGCUCAAGGCAGAGGCGAGACGUACACGCGAGGGAGAGGACCCGAGCACUCAACGUCGUCGACGCCGCCGUGCUGCGUCGCCCACAUCCUCCAUGACGUCUCUCCCCUGGGUGACCUUUCCCUUGCGACACCCUUCACAACAUGCCACAACGUGCUGGAGAAGCAGGAGGUCGCGAAGACGAAGACAGAUGCAUGGGUGGCGGAUGAACCUUGGAGACGAUGGAGGGAGUAG